UCAUUUUUCAGGGAUCAAACCUCACAGAAAACACCAAACAUAUUCUCUUUCUUUUGGUCUGCACACAUUAUUACACUAUUAGGAUGAAGAAUAAAUUAAGAAAGAAUAAUGAUAAAUAACUAUAUUCUGGUGACAAGAUUUGAACAGAAGAGGUGUAUAAGUUCACUGAGAGGGAAGGGCUGGAAGAAGGCAUAGAUAUGGUGUCUUGUACAUGGCGUGAUGUGCUACCUUUUGCAGCUUUGGUAAUGGUGCAGUUCACAGACAUAGGUGCAGCAACUAUAAGCAAAGCAGCCAUGACGAAAGGAGUGAGCAGUUAUGUUUUAGUUGCUUACUCCAAUGCACUUGGUACCGUCUUUCUUCUUCCUUGUUUCAUCAUACAAAAUAAGGUUUCUCUUACCUUUUCACUCCUUGGUGGACAAUUCCUUCUGGGCAUGAUUGGGAGUUCAAGCUUGUUAUUGGCAUAUAGUGGCAUCAACUACAGCUCACCAACACUUGCUUCAGCUAUGGCAAAUCUUAUACCAAUCUUUACAUUCAUACUGGCAGUCAUUUUCAGGAUGGAAAAGCUAGAUUUGAGGAGGUCAAGCUGCCAAGCCAAAGUGUUAGGGACUAUAGUAUCAGUAUCUGGAGCAUUUGUAGUAAUUCUAUACAAGGGAUCAGUGAUCUUUUCACCAUCCAACUCUCCUGACCAGAACUUCAUGAUGAUCUCACAGCAGUCAAAGUGGGUCUUUGGAGGUCUUAUGCUGGCAAUGGUGUGCCUUCUGAAUGCAAUAUGGGGUAUUCUUCAGACAUCAUUUGUUCAGAACUGUCCAUCAAUGAUUACCGUACUCUUCUUCUACAACUUCUUUGUCACAAUCCAGUGCACAAUAUUCUCUCUAAUUAUGGAAAGGACUUGGAAUGCUUGGGUAAUAAGGCCUGACAUUGAGAUGAUCUCCAUUGUCUUCUCAGCUUUAUUUGGGAGUGUGUUCCAUGUGGGUGUUCAAACCUGGUGCUUGCACCAAAAGGGACCUAUCUUUGUAGCCAUGUUUAGGCCCCUGGGAGUUGCCAUUGCAGCAGUCAUGGUAGUGAUCUUCCUCGGCGAUGCACUUCAUCUUGGAAGUGUCAUUGGAUCCAUUAUUAUUGCAGUUGGCUUUUAUGCUAUGAUGUGGGCACAAAUCAAAGAAAAGAGCACUACUCUUAUGGAGAAUGAAGUCCAAAGCUUGGCACCAUCAUCCACCCAAAAGACCCCUCUUUUGCAAUGCAGAACCUCAGGAGAAGAUGUAUAAUAACAAAGAACUCAGCUUGUAACAUUUCAUUCAUUUAUUGAUGAUUAAAAAAAGAAAAACUUUCAAAGGUAUCCUCUCGGUAUUCCUUGCUAAGAUUUUUUUUUUCAAGUAUGUACUGUUGAAUUUUCUGGACAAGAAAAUAUUUUUCUGUACAGAUGGCUGGUUUUAUCUGUAUACAGAUGGAAUGGAGCUCUGUUUGGAUGCAUCAAAGUGCCUUUUUUUUGGCUAAUGGAUGCAUAAAGUUUUCAUUUAUCAGUUCUCACUUUGAAGGAUUGGAUUAUUUUGCCUUUUAUAUAAAAUACUUCUGCACUGAGGUAAAGAUAAAGCAAUAUGUGUAGUUAUAUAUGCAUUGGUGUUGAAUUUUCUACUUUUCACUUUAAAAUAUGCAUUGGUAUAUGAAUCUUUCAGGUACGAACCCUAGCACUGAGUUCAGUUACUUCCAAAGAUGAUACGUAUAUGAGUUCAUUUUUGUAUUUAUUUUUCUCUGAAUAAAUCAUGUGCUUUGUUUAUGGUUGAACAUAUCAUCUUGACAACAGUAGUCCCAAUAUGCAAGGCUGGCCAUUCAAGACUUGAGAGUAAUGAUGUAUGGACAACAAAGGGUAAUUCUUAACUGAUGUUGGAAAAUUCACCCCUCCUGUUGCACAAAUAUCCGUUAAAGGUUUAUGCUCUACUUAGAUGAAUUGAUUAAAAAAAAUUUAGCAUUCGCAUGACAGCACGGUUAAGUCUGCAGAAAAUAUUAUAAAUGAGGAUGAGGGACAUUCCGAAUAUCUUAGAUGUGCUCAAGGAACCUCAUUCUGCAUUGGAUCAUUAACGAAAAUAGGUUUUGGCUUGAUCUUGCAAUUUGAGCUCUUUCCAUCAAAAUAAUUUACUAUACCCUACUGAGUCUGGAGAUUUAUCUGCUAAAAGAAAGUACAAUCAAAAUUUGCAAUAGAAAAGGUUUAAAAUGAUUGUGCACAGAACUGCUACUGAGUAAUUCAAGGUCUCUGUUUUAUUAUUUUCUAAGUACUAUAAAGAAAAUUAUGGAAGCAAUCAUGGGACCUUGAUAGUAUCAUUCAAUAUGUUAAUAAUGCACCAAGAUGUUUCUAUCAAAAGAUGCCAAAUUAAGAAAACUUGGUUUCCUCUUGUAUUCGACACAAAUCUUAUAUCAAUCCCUACAUGAUCUGGAAGCGUUUGUCAGGGAUCAAACCUCAUUCGCUUCUUGCAAUGUACAGAUGCCACCAAACAUAUUCUCUUUCUUUUGGUCUAUACACAUUAAUAUCAUUUAACCGGAUGUCAAUAUAUAAAAGAUAUACAAAUAUUCUGGUGACAAGAUUUUGAACAUGAGAGAUGCCUUUUCCUCUGUUUUGUAAGCUUGUGAAUGAUCAAGAGGUGUAAUAUAAGUACAUUGAGAAAGGGAGAGGAGUUGAAGAAAGCAUAGAUAUGGCGCCUGUACGUGCUGCCUUUUGCAGCUAUGGUAAUGGUGCAGUUCACAGAUAUAGGUGCAGCAACUAUAAGCAAAGCAGCCAUGUCGAAAGGAUGAGCAGUUAUGUUUUAGUUGUUUACUCU